AUGGAAUUCUCUGGCUUUUUUGUCCUGCUUUUUCAUGUUUCUUUAUGCCUUUCUGUGCUUUCAGUUCAAUGUAGGCUCUAUGACUACUCGAUAUAUAUGCAUCAUCGUGAAUUAUCUCAAAUUUCGAUACCACCUUCUCCUGCACCUCAACCAGCUACUUUUUCCGAGCCUGCAGCAGUUUUUAGUGUAUUAUCUUAUGGUGCUGUGGGAGAUGGUUUUACUGAUGAUACACAAGCAUUUAAAAUAGCUUGGGAUGCUGCUUGCCAAAUUGAAUCUGCUAUUUUUCUUGUUCCUAAGCAUUACUCGUUUAUGAUACAAUCAACGAUUUUCACCGGUCCAUGUAAAAAUGGAUUAAUAUUUCAGAUCGAAGGAAGUCUAAUGGCACCGGAUGGACCUGAUUCGUGGCCUAAAACAUUCAGUAAACGACAAUGGCUCGUCUUCUACAGAAUCAAUGGAAUGUUAAUGCAAGGUGGUGGACUUAUAGAUGGGAGAGGAGAAAACUGGUGGAAUCUUCCCUGCAAACCUCACAAAGGAAUAAAUGGAACAACCCUGUCUGGCCCUUGUGACAGUCCAGUUGCUAUAAGGUUCUUUAUGAGCUCCAAUUUGACAGUACAAGGGCUUAAAAUCAAGAACAGUCCCCAAUUCCAUUUCCGGUUCGAUAGCUGCCACGCUGUGCACAUCGAUUCGCUCUACAUAAAGUCGCCGUCUGGAAGUCCCAACACUGAUGGAAUUCACAUAGAGAACACCAAUGAUGUAAAGAUAUAUAAUUCAAUUAUUUCCAAUGGUGAUGACUGUGUAUCCAUUGGAGCUGGUUCUUAUAAUGUAGAUAUAAGGAAUAUAAAGUGUGGUCCUAGUCAUGGGAUAAGCAUUGGCAGCCUAGGCAUUCGCAACUCACGUGCAUGUGUUUCAAACAUAACGGUGACAGACUCCGUUAUCAAGCAUUCUGAUAAUGGUGUCCGAAUUAAAACAUGGCAAGGUGGAUUCGGAGCUGUAUCUAAAGUCACCUUCGAAAACAUUCACAUGGACACCGUUAGAAACCCCAUCAUCAUAGAUCAGUACUAUUGCAACACUAAAAGCUGCACUAAUCAAACAUCAGCAGUGUACAUUUCCGACAUAACUUACACGAAUAUUAAGGGAACUUAUGAUGUAAGAAGCCCUCCAAUGCAUUUAGGUUGUAGUGAUGCAGUUCCAUGUACUAACAUCACUCUUUCAGAAGUGGAAUUGCUUCCUGCUUCAGGACAGAAAAUUUUGGAUCCAUUUUGCUGGAAUGCAUAUGGAGUUCUCAUGACAGUUACAAUUCCUCCAGUUUUCUGCUUGUUGGAGGGAUUUCCAGAAUCAUUACCAACAAAUGAUAUUGAUCAAUGUUGA